CAUUGCAGGAGCCAUUGGUAAGAAGAAAAACUGAAACUACCAUCGCGUAUUUUACAAUUUAUAUUUUUGGGAUUGUGUUUGUAGGCGUUUCUUUUUCUCGCGAAUAGGAGCUAAUUUACUGCUUCCCACGACCCUCUGACUCGGUAUUGUCUCGCCUAUUUGAGUUAACUCACGUGGAAAGUACUGAGCUCGUCGUGGCUAACGAUGAGCACGCAUGACCGACCCUCAUUACUUGCAAUGACCGCAGUGCUCAAAGACUCCACGAAUAGCGAGCUCAGCACCCUCAGCGACCUCCUCUCUGCCUCGUCAUCGCCGUCAACGGCAUACCUUUCCCAGCUACCCUCUCUUUCUCUCCCCGAGCUGCUGUCGACGCCAUCAACGCUCACAACUCAGUCGCAUACCUUGACGUCGUCGCUCACGACGCUCACGCACACAUCCUAUCCAACAUUUCUCUCCCUGCAUCGCACAUCCACCGCGCUCCUCUCCUCACUUUCGUCGCUCGACACCGCCCUCUCAGCAUUUCUUACUACCGCCCUUCCUGCUCUCGACGAUGCUGCACGUCAGUUUCGCGAUACGACAGGACACUCGCUUCUGCAGGAACGCCAAAGAGCAAAGCAUGUACUUGAGCAACACGACAAGCUACGCGAUCUGCUUGAUGUCCCAGUGCUCAUCGACACGUGCGUGAGGAAUGGAAUGUAUGCAGAGGCUCUGGCCAUUGCAGCUCAUGCGUCUUCUGCGUUGUCUUCCUCUGCUGAUGACAACGCUCUUACAAACUCUCUGCAAGCCCAGAUUGCCGCCUCCUUGCAUGCAAUGCGACUUCUCCUUCUUAACACGCUCCACGAACCCGCAAGAAAGCUCCCAGCACUCUGGAAGGCAGUCCAGUUCUUACGCAGGAUGCAGGCUCUCCAAGAAGAUGAACUGGCCAUCGCAUUUGUCAGUGCACGCGUCGCUUGUCUACGAAGUGCCCUUGAAGGCGUAGGACAGGCCAGUUUCGGCGGCACAUCCAAAACCGAUGGUCAUACAAAAAAGAGUGCAGAAGAGCGAGAACGAGAACGAGAGAGGGAAGGAGAGGACGUUGCGAGAUACCUAAAGAAAUAUAUUGAUAUAUGGCGUGAAGGCGCGUACGAUAUUUUGACACAGUAUACCACCAUUUUUCUCGACCGCUCACCUUCUACUUACGCCUCCGUUCCAUCGCAUACCUCACACGCUUCUUCCGCACCAACUUCCACCACCAUCACUAGUACUACGCCCCUCACUCAAGCUCUCCCCGCUCCACUCGUCCAAACGCUUCUCACCCUUCUCCUGCCAACACUCCGCACCCAUCUGCCUUCCGCCCACCCUCAUCUCGCCCCACUCUCCACCCAGCUUAGCUACUGCACCUCUGCCUUGGCACGCGUGGGUACUGAUUUUCAUACUAUGGUAGGCGCGUUGAUAUGUGCCGCUGUUGUCAGUGGGCUCAGGACUGACCUAGAAGGAGCAGUGGAUGAUUUUAUCCAGGACGUAAAUAUAGCGAAAGGGAAGGGCAGGGGAGACAGUAAGAAGGGCAAGAAACCAUCGGAAUGGUUGGUUAACGCGUCCACAACUUUGCCUUCACUCUCUGUGCUACACCUUUCUCCUUCGUCAUCACCGACAUCUCCUCCUACAACCAUCACUUCCUUCAUUCCAAUCGCAAAGCUCGUCAAUGGUUUCCUUCGAGCGUUAAAUCGGCUGCGUCUUCUUGCUCCUGUAUCUACGACGAGCGUCGCGUUAGGUAUCGUCGAAAGCACACUAGGAAGAGGAGGGAAAGAAUUACUGUCUUACGCUAGAGAGUGGUUGAAGGAUACGGGAGAGAAUGAAGCACCCAAAGAGUUGCAAGUCCUGCGUCUAGCAGGCGCCGCUUAUUGUCGCUUGCUCAGCCCUUUCUUACGUCGUGCAGUUGUAGAAGGAGUGUUUGGUGUGGGAGAGUGGGACGAGAUGAAGGGCAUUCGAGAUCCAUGGCGCUUCAGCGAGGAUGAAAACAACGGUAAUGGUAUCGAGGAUAUAGAUGACACGGAAAAGCAAGAGAGUGAAUUGCAACGCGUAGUGAGGGAGUGGGAAGGGUGGUUAGGGGAGACUGGCCAGUAGGUACAGGUGUCAUGAUGCUAUAAGUUAUGUGUAUGUGCACUUGAUUUCGCUGGUUUCUUAUACCAAUCCCUAUCUUUCAACU